GUAUCCAUUGCGCCUGCGUAAGAGGUCAAGGUGGUCAGGUUGGAUGAGCAUAGCUUUACUUACAUGACAUGCAUGUCUUGUAAGCUCAAAGUCGCGACGCUGCUCAAAACGCCUCAAAAUUUAGAGUCCUUAUAGCGUCUCAAGUAAAUUGCAUGCAAAAUGCUGCGAUCUAGAAUCUUCUCCGUCGGUCAGAGAUAUGUCUGCCGGUUGAACUUGACCCCCAGACUGUUCUGCACCACCGCGGAUAAACCAAGCAUUCCGUCGGCCGACCAGCUGAACUACCGCCUGGCCACGGUCGAGGAUUUCGGACAGAUCCUACAUUUAUCCCGAGGGCUGUUCGACGGGGUGGACCCUUUCCCGUACUUCUUCCACGAGUACCAAGUGGACAAAGAUGCCGCAGUAUAUGUUGCCGAACAUGACGGGAAACUGGUGGGGGCAUAUACAGCGGUGAUGGCGGGAGACAAGACAGCUAUGAUCAACAAACACCUGCGGAUAGACCCAGACUACCGGGGACGGAACAUCAUGUGGCACCUGGAUGAACACCUGGACAGAUAUAUGAAAUAUCGACACCCAACCGUGACGCUGAAACAACGAAUGCUGUUGUCGAAUUGGGACAACCCCAACCCAAUCUUCCAGAAAUUCCCCAAGGAAAGGAUGAAGAAAAUCUACAACGUGCACUACCUGUUCUUCUCGAAGCCAGCGGGGAUGCCGAUGCCGGUAGAUCGGAAGCACUUCAAGGGGCAGAUCUUCUCCCUCCAGCCGUGCACCCAGGACACCGCCGCCCGGCUGAGCGACGACGACCUGCGCCAGCUGCUGCACAAGGACUACGGGCAGGUGUCCAUGCACCCGUACAACAUGUGCCGAACCGACUCCCUCCAGCUCAGGACCGCCGGGCUCAGAUACAUCGCCAUCGGGAAGAAUGAGCCGGCCGGAGUCAGCCUGUGUUCGCGGUGGAGCGCCUCGGCGGGCCUGGUCUACCACAUCGACCUGCACGCCGCAGACGACACCUCGCUGGAACAUCACGUGGCUCAUCACGUGGAGCAGAUCUGUAUGUACCACGCCAACGAGAAGGUGUACCUGCUGUUCAGCGCGCCGGAAACCUUCGACCGGGACAAGAUCAUGAAGUUCUGUGAGAGCACGCUGGGGCUGCCCCAGUCCGACCGCUUCCCCUUCGACUGUGGAGUCAUCUGUGAAAUGGAGCUGCACCCAUCUUUGCGUUUCUCCGAGUUCUAAUGUCUUACACUCCAGGCAGACUGGCUUUACUUACAUCUGAUCUUGGUAGUUCAUAUAAAACGUGUGUUAUUACUUCGACCAUGCAAAAAGCAUAGCUAUGGGUGAUGAAUGUAUUAUUUAUUAUUCACGCACAUUGUUUACAUUUGCAGCAUCCUUAGACCCGCUCAUGCGAAAUCACUACACAGUGCGAAAUCACGAGAAACAACGCGAUGACGCGAAAAGUUGCCAUUACGCGAAAACGCGAGAGUUUCGAAUCACCGAUUUUUACGACGGAGGAAGACUCAGACCUUGCGCACUGUAUUGACUAUCAUUUUAGACUCAUUGCAAAUACGACUAGGCAGAUACAUACUUAAAACAUUUUUCACAAAAGAUCUUAUAACAACACCUAGAUGUUUCUACAACAAUCUUUUAUCUUAAAAAUCGAUGUUUGAUACCACAAGGUGUGAGCUUUUGGGUUUCUAGAUCUGCCAUCAGCUACAGUGUUGUAUUAUCUAGGCACAAUGUUUCAAUCUAUCUAUGUUAUGUGUGAAUGACAGUUUGUGUUGCAUAGUAGUUGCGUCUGUUAUGUGACAAUUGGAAGUUAGAUGACAAAAUUCAGUUAAUCUAUGAAGAGAGGGGAUCUUUGGCAAAAUUAGAAAAGAAAGCAUGCAUAUUACAGCUUCCCAAAGAAACAAUUACAGGCAUUUUAAAUGUUAAGAAUCAACACCGCUAUAGACCAGAGUCGUUUGCACAGGAAAAACAACAAACGUAAAACCGCAUAUGCCUGGCCCUUCUCUUACGUUUGAAGUUGUUGUGGAGCUGGAAUGAUGGUAUUCUGUAUUUAUUGUUAGGUUUGAACCUACAUCUAAAGUCAUGCAUUAAACGAGACUUAAAACCUUUGA